AUGACCACUUUAACGCACAACGACUACACAGUCGCGUGGAUAUGCGCCUUGCCGGUAGAGGUCGCAGCGGCCCGCGCCAUGCUGAAUAAAAUUCAAAGUCCGCUGCCGAAACCGUCCAGCGAUUCAAAUGCCUACGAACUUGGCGAAUUAAACGGCCACUAUAUCGUCAUUGCCUGCCUGCCAUAUGGUGUAUACGGAACGGUGGCUGCCGCGAAUGUGGUGUCUCGCAUGCGUGCUACCUAUCCACGGCUCCAAUAUGGACUGAUGAUUGGAAUUGGAGGCGGCGUCCCUGGCAAAAACAAUGACAUUCGACUAGGCGAUGUCGUGGUCAGCAGACCGGCUGGGGAGCACAGUGGAGUGAUCCAGUAUGAUUAUGGCAAGGCGGUUCGAUGCGGGAAACUCGAGCGAACGGGCACCUUGAACAAACCACCGCAUAGCCUUUUGACUCAUAUAAAUCAGCUUGAGGCACAACGAAUGAUGGGGAGUGAGAAUGAUGUUUUAAAAAUAGUAGAGGAAGUAUUCGAACGGCAUCCUGACAUAAAACAAAGGCUUUUGCCCCCAGAACAGCUUACAGACUUCCUUUUCAAAUCCUCCUAUCACCAUGCCGCCGGGGAAGGCACCUGUGAAAAGUGUGAUAAAGAACAAUUAAUCACACGACAGCCACGAGAAACAAGGACACCUUAUAUCCACUACGGGCUAAUCGCCUCAGGAGAUCAGGUAAUGAAGGACUCAGAGACACGAGACCGUCUGGCACAACAGUAUGGUAUACUCUGCUUUGAGAUGGAGGCAGCAGGCCUAAUGGAUGAGCUUCCAACCCUUGUGAUUCGAGGGAUAUGCGAUUAUUGCGAUUCUCAUAAGCAGAAGCAGUGGCAAGGAUACGCAGCGUUGACAGCGGCCGCUUAUGCAAGAUCGUUGUUAUCGAUUAUCCCUAUCAGUCGUCCGGAUAUUGACAUAAUGAAAAGUAAGAACAUGCGACACUGGAUGGUUUCGCUCCCAAGAAAUCCCAAAUUUGUUGGUCGCGAAGAUGAAAUCACGAAACUGGAAGAACUUAUCACAAUGCAAGAUAGACCCAAGAGGAUCGCAAUCACCGGAUUAGGAGGAGUCGGGAAGACGCAAGUGGCCCUUGAGCUAGCAUACCGCAUACGGGACCGAAAUAAGGAGUGCUCAAUCUUCUGGAUCCCCUGUACCAGCCAUGCAAUGAUUGACCAGACGUUCCUGCACAUUGCACAAAAACUCAGACUUCGUGACGUGAAUCCGGCAGAGGUUAAAGAACAGGUUAAGAUAUACCUCAGCUCUGAGCGUGCAGGAAAGUGGCUUCUUGUUUUUGAUAAUGCAGAUGAUACAAAGAUGUGGUUAGCUGCUAGCCACAUAGCUCCGCCUCUUGAGGACUUUCUCCCUGAGAGUGAGCAAGGCCGUAUCUUGUUCACCAGCCGAAACCGAAAACUCGCGAUGAAGCUGGCACCAUUUAAUGUUGUUUCCAUUCCAGAUGUGGAUAAAGAAACUGCAGUCAAAAUUCUGGACAAGACAUUAGCGCACGAGGACUUGCCUAGAGAUUCUGCUACAACCGCUGCUCUUCUCGAACAACUAGCCUUUCUCCCUUUAGCAAUUACGCAGGCGUCAGCAUAUAUUAUCGAAAAUGGUAUCGAUUUGUCGAUUUACCUUACGCUUCUCCAAGAGCACGAACAAGAUGUUAUUGAACUCCUCAGCGAAGACUUUAGAGAUCCAGGACGCUAUCAAGAUAUCCAGAACCCCCAGAUUCAACAUCAAGAUCCAUUAGCUGCCGACUAUCUUUUUUUCAUCGCCUGCAUCAACCCGCGAAAUAUACCCCAGUCCAUCCUUCCUCAGGCAACAUCCAGAAGGCAGAGAGUCGAUGCUUUGGGGCUUUUAAACGCAUAUUCAUUCACAAAUGGUCAGGAGAGGGAUAUAGGUAUGCACAGACUUGUGCAUAUUGCCACUAGAAACUGGCUCAGAAAGAAUGCGUUAUUUAGUCACUGGAUCCAACGGGUGGCCGAACAUUUGCAGAAUGUGUUUCCAGAUCAUCACCACACGAAUCGAGGACUUUGGCAGCAGUACCUUCCCCAUGCUUUAACACUUGUGCAUGAAAAUGAAUUUGUUAUACAAGAGGAAAAUUACCUCGAUCUAACUGAAAAGAUUGCAGAUUGCCUUUUCAUUGACGGAAGGUAUCAAGAAGCAGAGGUACUUUACAGGAAGCUGAUGACAAUCUAUCAGGAGAAAGCUGGCCCUCAAGGUCGCUCCACUCUGAGAAGCAUGGCGAACCUAGCAUCAACCUACCGGAAUCAGGGUCGAUGGAAUGAAGCUGAGAAGCUGGAGGUGCAAGUAAUGGAGGCAUCCAAGAUAGUGCUGGGAGCUGAGCAUCCAUCCACUCUGACCAGCAUGGCGAAUUUGGCAUCAACCUACCGGAAUCAAGGUCGAUGGAAUGAAGCUGAGAAGCUGGAGGUGCAAGUAAUGGAGACAAGGAAGACAGUGCAGGGUGCUGAGCAUCCAUCCACUCUAACUAGCAUAGCGAACCUAGCAUCAACCUACCGGAAUCAAGGUCGAUGGAAUGAAGCUGAGAAGCUGGAGGUGCAAGUAAUGGAGACAUCCAAGACAGUGCUGGGAGCUGAGCAUCCUGACACUCUGACCAGCAUGGCGAACCUGGCAUCAACCUACCGGUAUCAAGGUCGAUGGAAUGAAGCUGAGAAGCUAGAUGUGCAAGUAAUGGAGACAUCUAAGACAGUGCAGGGCGCUGAGCAUCCUGACACUCUGACUAGCAUGGCGAACCUGGCAUCAACCUACCGGAAUCAAGGUCGAUGGAAUGAAGCUGAGAAGCUGGAGGUGCAAGUAAUGGAGACAUCCAAGACAGUGCUGGGAGCUGAGCAUCCCGACACUCUGGCCAGGAUGAAUAACCUUGCCUUGACUUGGAAAUCACAAGGAAAGCUUCAAAAUGCCUUGGCUCUGAUGGAACAAUGCUCUGACCUGCGCAACAGAGUGUUAGGACCUAGCCACCCGCAUUCCAAGUCAUCCUCUCGUGCUCUCAGUGAUUGGAUGGUUGAGUAUAAUGCAUGAACAGAUCACACAUUGCUCACUCAAAAAAAGUCCGCAGACUCGACGGGAAGUUUCAGCAGGACCUCCGGCAGCUGUGUUAACUACCUCGUUGACCUAUAAUGCGCACAUCAAUCUACCUUAUA